AUGGCGACGGCGGUUGUUGGAUUGAACUUCCUGACAAAGGAGCUAGCUGAUGUUUUUGCAGAAGACUCUGAAAAUGAUGUGACUUUUUACGGCUUUUCUGACACUGAUAUCAACAUUAAGAAUUCAAAUGUUAGAAAUGAAGAUGAAGCUCAACCUGACAUUUCCCUCAAGGAGCUGGAAGCUACAUCUAAACCAUCUGCUGCUGCUCAGCCCUUCAGACUGAGGGUGGCUCUGCGCUCCGCUCCCUCAACCCAGCACUCCACUGAUGAUGAGGAAGCAGAGGAGGAUAAGAACAGGACAAAAAAAAGAGGGAUGAAGAGGCCAAGGGAGACCAGAAGGAAAAAGAAGGAGAGACAAGUGAAAUUUGAGGAUGAGGAGACAGCAGUGGCUCGGCUGCCUCCAUUUCAGGAGUGUCGGCCUGUUUCAGCAGAAGAUGUGUCGGAUACUUUCCUGGCCAAGAGAGAGCAGAACAUCAAGGACAACAAAGCAAUGCUGGCUCAGCUGAUGGCAGACCUGCAGAAAAUGCCUGGAGGUGCAGGGUUUCUGAAAAAACAAGUAGGCAAACAGAAGGCAAAAGAGAAAAGCUCCUGUCCACCUCGGUCUCGUGCGACUGGAGGGGAACCCAGGAGGAACCCCGAGAGGACGACCCGCAGACAGACCCGGUCGAUGGCGGCAAGUGAGGAUCCUUCUGCUGAACAGGAGGCUGAAGUGGAGCUCAGCUUGGAGGACGAGCUGCUGGAGGUACGUCGAGCUCCACGGCGUCGUAGCACCCCACGACCUAAUCAGAUCAAGCCUCAUAUUAUUCGUCCAGUGGAAGACAUCACAGAAGAUGAGCUUCAGCUGGUUGCAGACAAUAUGACUGACAAAACAUAUAACAGUGCCACAGGCUCCACGUGUCAUCAGUGCCGUCAGAAAACUGUUGACACAAAGACAUGCUGUCGCAGUGAAGACUGCCGUGGGAUUCAGGGUCAGUUCUGUGGGCCAUGCCUGAGGAACCGAUAUGGGGAGGAUGUAAGGAAAGCGCUGCUUGAUCCGGAGUGGAAGUGCCCUCCCUGUCGAGGCAUUUGCAACUGCAGCUUCUGCCGUCAGCGUGAGGGCCGCUGCCCAACCGGGAUCCUGUUCCCCUUGGCUCAGUACCACGGCUUCUCUGACGUCCACUCAUACCUUAGCAGCCUUCGUAACAAAUUGAAGAGUGAAGAGAGCAAUGGAGAGAUGUGA